CCUACCCGCGCAUUUUACAAUAUUGGCUACAAUAUUUUGUAUUGCGUUAUUGCUAAGUAUUUUUUGCAAUGCAGAGUCCAAGCAGCGUCGUAUACAACACAAGCGUUGAGCAAAAGCGGCACGCACAAGAAGUGGCAAAGCGCCAGCGUUUGGGUGCACCAAAGCUGCGAGAGCUGCUGCGGGAGAAAUGUCGCAUUCGCAUUAUAAAUGCACGCAAGGACAACGUGGAUGGCAAUCGCAAAAUGCAAUUGUCCGAAUUGGAGCAGAUUUUGCGCAUGGAACUUAACGAGUUGGACCAGGAUUUGGAACUUGAGCAACAUGUAUACGAGGAACUGUUAUCGGAUGUCAACGAAUGGUAUGCGCUUCAGGAGCAGCAUCUGGAAGCACUCUACGCUGAGCCCGAUGAUGAUGCCAAAGAACUUUCAUUGCUGUGUCCCGUGUGCUUGAUGAAAUCGUUGCAGCGCAUCAAAUCCCAAUACAGCUGCGAGUGUGGAGUGCGUUUUGAGCAUGCAGCAGAUAAGCCACAACUCCAGCAACUUAUCCAACAGAAGAUCAACGAGCACGAGCUCAACUGCACCCAGGCGCUAGUUUUUUUCAUAGAAGAGCAAUCUGUGUCGCGUUGUCUGUUUGCCAUUUGCGGCAGCUGUGAUUAUUGCUGCUCAGUUUGACUGCAGCACAGAAAAUUUCACUUGUCUAACGAAUAAUGCAUUUUUAUUUUAUGUAAUGCUGGCUGCGACCAGUUUGAACUUGUGUCUCGACUAUUUGUAUUUGUAAGUUAGCUAAAUUUAAGUUUGUAAUUGUAAUUGUUGCUCAAAGAGAUGUCUCCAAUCCCAAAAUACAAAUAUAUAUAUUUUAUCAGCAUAA